AUGAGUAGUAGUAACGACUCUACUGACAACGCACCAGUCACUGUAAAGCAGGAACAGGACAAUGGUGAACAACAACAUCAACAACACAAUAGCAGCAAUGGAGCAGCUACCACUACCAAUCAUAUCGACAACAACAACAACAACAACAACAACAACAACAACAACAACAACAACAACAACAACAACAACAACAACAACAACAACAACAACAACAACAACAACAACAACAACAACAACAACAACAACAACAACAACAACAACAACAACAACGGUGACAAUACGUCAAACCCCAAGGACAAACCAAAAGCAUUCACUAUCAAAUAUAAACGUCCUAGAGGCUCCAGAGCUUGUACUGUCUGUAGAUCAAGAAAAGUUCGUUGUGAUGCUGAGAUUCAUAUCCCAUGUACCAAUUGUAUAACAUUUGGAUGUGAUUGUGUAUUACCAGAAGUUAAAAAAAGAGGCAACAAAGCAGGAGAGUCAAAAUCAAAGAAGCGGAAACUUGAACAAGCUGGUUCAAGUUCCACCGAGUUUGAGCAACCACAAUCGAAAACAAAACCUAAAAAGACCAAAGCUAAAGAUUCCACCUCAGAGCAGACUCCAAGUAUCGCAACGUCCAUUGCUCAGGGUAUUACGUUGGCAUCAGGAAAACCACCUCAGAAAACUGUGGUAAAAUCAGAAGAACCUAUUUCACCAACAUCUACUCAUGCCACUUUGCAAAACGACCAACUAGACAAACAACAAGCAUCAACAAUAAACCACAUCUCUUCAGUACAUCACACCAGCUUUUCCAAAACAAAAAUUACCAAGGAACCAGUAUUGAACAUAUCUCAGAUUAGUGUGCCACCUUCAUUAACAUCAACGUACAAGAAUAGACCCUCAAUGCAUAAAAAGGAACUAUUAACCUCAAGGGGAAAGCCUUCUUUAACUUAUGUUGGCUCAUCCUCAAUUGCCGUGUACCCUCAUAAAUUGGGUGAAAAUCAUAUUCAAUUAGCAGAAGAUGUCUUUGACUUACCCGAUAGUAGUUUGGAUGCUGUUGAAAUGGAAAUUUUGAAAUUGAGAGGGGCUUUCCUCCUUCCAAGUAAAGAGUUGUCUUUGGAUUUGAUUGAAUCUUAUUUUGAACAUGUUCAUCCAUUGAUGCCAGUAUUAAAUCGCACAUUGUUUAUGCAAAAAUUUAAUGAUCCCAAUGACAGUCCUAGUUUGAUGGUGUUGCAUGCUGUAUUACUAUGUGGAAGUAGAGUUUCCAAAAACCCAUUGAUUAUGGAUGCGAAUGGGUCAACCAAUCUUGCCAGUAUAACGUUUUUCAAGAGAGCAAAAGCAUUGUAUGAAAUGAAUUAUGAAAGUGACCCAUUAUCAAUCGUUCAAACUUUGAUUUUGAUUGGGUCAUAUUGGGAUGGUCCCGAAGAUGUCACUAAAAACUCAUUUUAUUGGACUAGGGUUGCUGUUGCUCUUGCUCAAGGUUUUGGUUUCCAACGUGAUGUCACAAAAUUAUCCAACUUGUCAAUACUGGAAAAACGAUUGUGGAGACGUGUUUGGUGGUGUUUAUUUGAAAAAGAUCGUAAUGUUGCCAUUGCCUUUGGUAGACCAGUAACGAUUGAUUUGAAUGAUUGUGAUGUUCCAAUGUUGACAAUGGAAGAUUUCGAUGAAAAUGAUUCGGAAUUGGGCAUUGUUUCUCCAUACAAGGUGAAUGAAACACAUGCAUUAUAUUUUAUUCAUUUGAUCAAAUUGGCUGAAAUCACUGGUAUCAUUAUCAAACAUCAAUAUAGCAUCAGAUCAGAAUCAAUGAAGAGAAGAAAUGCAGUUUCCAUAAUUGAACAUUGUGAUAUGUUGAUGGGUAUUUGGUUUACAAACUUGCCAUCACAAUUGGUGUUUUCGUUAGGAGAUGCAUCAUCACAAAAUUUCUAUUCAUGUUUGCUAAAUGCUCAAUACUACAAUCGGUUAUUCCUAAUCCAUCGUUCAAACUUGAUGCGAAUGGCAAAAUCCUCCUCAACAAACCCAAACAAUUACAAGUAUCCAAGUUGGGGUAUCAGCUUCCAAUCAGCAAGAAUGAUUUCUAUCAUUUCGAAAAUAUUGAUGGAUAGAGAUCAGUUGAAAUAUGUGCCAACAAUGUAUGUUUAUAUUGCAUUUAGUGCAUUGAUUAUGUUGAUUUAUCAUAUCGAUUCAACCAAUUCGGUAAUCGCGUCAACUGCAAGUGAGUCAUUACUAGUAUCACGAGCAGUGGUGCAAAAGUUGGGUGAUUAUUACCCCGUGGUUAAAGUGUUGAUUAAAUUGUUUGAUAAAUAUGCAGAUGAUAAGAUUAAGCGUGCUAGUGUUAUUGAGAGUGGAAUGAUGAUUAAUGAGUUGAAUGAAAAGAGGGCAAAUGAGUCUGCAUCUGCGGAAUACGAAGAUCAACAGCAGCUGCAACCGCAACUGCAACAACCGCAACUGCAACAAUCGCAACUGCAACAAUCGCAACUGCAGUCACCACAACAGCAAGGACGCCAAUCUCAACUGCAACCUUUGCCUCCUCCUCCUAGCCAGCCUCUCCAACACCCAAAGCCUAUUCAACAACCACAUGUCUCAUUUCAGCAACAACAACAACAACAACAACAACAACCACGUCACUCACCCCUCACAUCCAAUUUUUCUCCCGGUUCAGUUGCUUCAGGCGUAUCGCCAGGUGGAACUGGUUAUCAUGAUUACCAAACUCAACAACUGCAGGCUCGCGCACCCAUUUCUCAGCAACGUUCGUCGUUAAAUCCUCAACAACAACAGCAGCAGCAACCAUAUCAGGGCCAACAACAGCAGCAGCAGCAGCAGCAGCAGCAGAAACAUGGCAAUCCGAAUGCACCUCCAACUUCACAAACCCCGGUUAUUGAACAAUUGAUUCAGCAGUACAAAGUGCCCAUGAAACAAGCUAAUGGAGCUGAUGGAAGUGAUAAAGCUGCCAGCGAGACCUCACCAGACUCAUCAACUCGUUCCUUCCCAGAUAUCAGUCUUGUUACUGAAAAUAUCCCAAAUAAGCAAAAUUUCUUUGAAAAUUUUGACCCAUCGCAAUUGUUCCCCACAUUUAGUGCUGCUCCAUCAGUAGUUCAUUCUCCAAGUAAUGAAGAAGAUGUCGGUAGCAAUAUUUACGGCUUGGGUGGAUCAAAAGAAGCAUCAGCUGAGCAACAACAUGAACUGCAGCCACACCAACAGCCUCAAGAACAACCACAAGCACAAGGAGUUGGCAAUGGCAGUAAUGGAAAUGGUACUUCUAGUGUUGGCAAUAGUAUGCCGCCACCCUCUAGUGCAAGUGGUAACUUCACUAAUGGGGCUCAGCUGCACUCGCAACAACAACAACAACAGCAGCAACAGCAACAGCAACAGCAGCAACAACAACAGCAACAGCAGCAUGCACCACCACCACAACCUCAUCCACCUACUCCUGGAUUCCAAACAAAUUUCAUGGACUCAUCAUUUAUCAAUAUGAAUUUACAAUCGGGUUUUGAUCCUAAUGAUGAGAUUAAUGCCUUGUUCAAUUUUAUUCCUUGA